UUCACUCCACACUCGCCCCUCCUCCUCUCUGUUUCUGCCCUUAGUCGUCACAUUCAGAGAGCCCAAGAUGACUUGACGUUUGUUACGUGCAGGGUUGACGGUUCCGGCGUUUGCUGGCUGUUUUGACUCUUCCGCGUUCUGUCCUCUCCGUGCAUUUCAGUCGGUUAGCAGCACCACAUUAAACCGUAUUCCGCAUCCCCAUCCCCGGUGACAGUUACAUGAGAAUUAUGAAUCACGUCCAAGAGCCGGCGUGCCAGAAUCAGGAUGGAAGACAAGAGAGGGACGCACAGACGGAAUGUAACGCCAGAGGACUGAGCCCUAGACUCUCGAAAGUAAACUUUUUCACUCUCCUUAGUCUGUGGAUGGAACUUUUUCCAAAUAAUGAACAAAAGGCAAUUCAGCGACGAAGAAAUGGCCUGGUUGUGGUGCAUAAUUCAAAGAUUAUCGGCCUCCAUUGUUCAAGCACAGAGUUGCAUGUAGGCCAAAUUGCUGUUGUCAAACAUGGGUCAAAAUUGAAAGAUUGCGAUCUCUAUUUCUCAAGGAAACCAUGCUCAACCUGUUUAAAGAUGGUUUUAAAUGCUGGUGUUAAUCGCAUAUCGUACUGGCCUGGUGACCCUGAGAUAAGUCUAAUUGAGGACUAUGUAAUGGAUAAUUGCAAUUCAGAUGCAAAACUAGAUGCCAAAGCUGUGGAAAGACUCAAGUCCAACAGUCGCUCUCGUCUUUGCACCUUGCUUCAGCCUUUGGCUUACAACAUGCUGCAGUUUGUGGAAGAAACCUCAAAAAAGUGUGAGUUUUUACAAAGCAAAGUCGCCCUGAACAGAGAUUGUAAACGUGAAGACUUUUUUACUGAGUGCAGAAGAAAUCGAUUACAGAAAUUUGAGGAAUUAUUCUUGAUAUCUAAUAGUGAAACUCACAAAGAAAUCUUGAAGACUAUUGGUUUAGAGAACGUGUGUGACGAUAUUCAUUUUACUAAUUUGAGGCAUAAAAUGGAGGAUCUUGUCUUUUUAUUAGCAACUGUUGACUGUAGCGUUCCAGAGUAUGGGAAGUUCCGAGUUUAUUGCGAUGAUUCGGACAAAGUAUGUGACGAGCACGCAAACGAUGAAUUUCAAAAAUUUGCAAGACAUUGCAUGGUUCAAGCCAGAUUAUUGGCAUAUCGGACAGAGGAUCAAAAGAUCGGUGUUGGAGCAGUGAUCUGGGCAGAAGGAAAGGCGUGGCAGGAAGCUCCAGCCAACAGUGUUAUCACGUCAAGUGUCCGAACUAUUCGCAAAAAGCGAGGUCCAACUAAAUCUUUAAGUCCCCAGAACACCCUCUCUACAGAGAUAACAAACACUGCCAUCAUUGGUCCAAUUGGCUCCACCACAGAAUCUGCCUCUACUUAUGAAUCAUCGGUACUGGAGGGCAUGGAAAUUAUGGAAGACACCCAAUCUCCCUUGGCCAAAGGUGAUUUGAAGAGACCACUCAUAACUCCUAGAUCUGAAUCCCAAAAGGAGGAGCUGCUAAAUUUGGAGAUCAAUGAACCAGCUUUCAAAAGGAGGGUGGUGGAGCAACAGUGCUAUCUACAAAGUCUGCUAACUUCAGUGCAAAUGAUGAAUGAAACUGUGGAUAGGAUGAUGAUGACCAUGUCAAGUCUGAAUAGCUCCUUGUCUGAUGUCCAAAAUUUGCUUAAUCAAAAACUGGCUGCUUUGCAGACUACCAGGGAGGAGGCUUCACCUCAGACAGUAUCAGUGAUUGAAAACUCUUUUACUCAGGGACUGUGCAACAUAGGAGCAUCACAUCAAAAUUCCCUGAAUGCGGUUAUAUCUGAUGUGGGUUCCAAGGUGCAAGAAAGCUUGCAAAUGGGAUUUGAAAGCCUUGGGAAUAAAAUACAAUCAACCAUGAGAGAGGGUUAUGCUAAUCUGAUAAAUGAGCAUAUCUGUGCACACCAAAACCUCUGUGACAAAUAUAAAAGAGCCUUGUCGACUAGAGGGCUAAAUAACUCGUCACAAGAGUUUGGAACUCAUGAUGGCAGCCAGUUGCACCAUCCCAGCCAGCUUUCAUCUGGCUCCUCAUUAGAAAGCAGGAAUCCUGCCAUAAAGGUACAAAUAUCUGGAGACAUGAAAAUCUAGGGAUGUUAAAGUAAAAAACAUCUAAAGGAUUUCCUUUGUGAAGAAUAUUUGGGGUACAGAAUAAACUCCCUGAGAAUGUUAUUGAAGUAAACAAACUACGCAUAGCUGACCUGCAAUACUAAUGAAGACAUUACCCUACACUUCAGCGAGGACAACACACUGAUUAUAUGGGGCAUCAUUGUUUUAACACACAUUUUAAUUCUGUUCAAAUCAUUGACAAAGAUCACGUUAUAGUUUAUUCAUGUUUCCUUUACACAGUAGCUUUUCUAAUUACCGUGUUACUUAUCAUUGAUUUAUCUUGGAGCCAUCACAGGCCUAUUAUCUUUAUACGAGGCAGCAUUUCCUGUCACCAGACCAACAGGUGGCCAAUAUAAAAGCUUGGUAAUUUAUUUUGCCAAAUUUAUUAGCCACUGUUGCAAGUUUAUUUAACAAUCUGAGCUUUUAUCUUCACUGCAGCACUACAUCAGUAUAUGGAUAGCAAUGGUGGGUACUUAAUGGGAUGACUUUUGUAUGUCAAACUGACCUUGGCCUCUUUACAUUUCCUGAUAAUUUUCCAAUAGUUAGGCAUGGUUUGAAACUUUGUAGAAUAGUUCAAGAAAAAAGUUGCUGUUUUUAUGCUGUUUAAAUCAAGUCAAGGACAACUCUAAAGUUUGAUAUUCAAGAGUCUUCUACUUCUGUCCAUUUGUAAUUGGGUGGUAAAAUGAUUCUCCGGUGUCUCGAUGCUUCAGUACUUUGCUGGUUAACUACCCGAUGCUGUUGCCAGACAAAUGGGCAAUUUUGCUGAUUUCACCUUCCUUCUUGGCUUCCAUUUUAAACAUUCCAUUAUGCAUGUGUUUUUGAAGUAUGGGAGAUCUAGUGUGAAGUGCUGAAGUCAGUUACAGGAAGUGAUUGGGUAGAUAAAGAGAAAUUAUUUCCUCUGAUAGAAUCAGAGAGAGGCUGGGCCAUUUAGGGGUGAUGUCAGGAAAUACUUCUUCAGAGUUGUGGAAAGCUGGAAAUCUCUCCACUAUCCCUCACCCUGACUCCUCAUUCCCCUACACCACCAUUUCAAAACAGAGUUUAAUAGAUUUUCCAUAUGCAAGGUCGAUGAGGGAUAUGUGGAAUUGUGGCAGUGAUAUGCAAUUAUGGCAGACUAAUGAAGUUACAAUAUAAUUGAAUGAUAUAGAACUGUUUUGAGAGACUGACUCACCUAUGUUCUAGGUUAUCAGCAAUUUCGCUACAGGGUAUAUACAUGGAUGCAUGCAUGUUAGGAUAGAAUUCACAACAGAAGGGUUGACCGGGUUGGGGGGCUAUGUUCAAUUACCAUCUAAUCCGGAGGGUUGUCAUCACAUCUCUGAACAGUUUGAUUAAAAAUAUCUACAUAUCACAAUUGCCCUUUCCUAUUAACAACUUAUUUUGGACCUUGAAUAGUUCUAGCAAAAUGGCUGAUUGAUGUGGAAUGGUAUUUAACUUUCAUUAGAAUUUCUGGAUCUGAGCUGUGUAAAAAUGUUAUGCUCUUGGGCUAUGUUGUCUAGCUGUUAUACUCCUUAAUGUGCUCUAUGCAAAAUAGGCUGAAUCACUUCCUCCUGCAUGCUUUGAAGUUUCUUUGGCUCUAUCAUAAUAUACCCAAGUGUUCAGUACCUACAAUACUAAAUUGAUCGUGACACUUCAACAGGGAAUAAGGACAGCCAACACUUGAAUAAUAAUUAAAGCUAUGUGUCAACAUUCCCAAAGAAUGUGAUGACAAUAUACAGCAGACUGCACAGUUGUGAUGAUUUGAAAAGUAAUAAAGUGGAAGGUUUAAAUUUCAAA